GGUGGGCAAUAAGCAAUGCAACCCAAAUUCUAAUUCCCGACCCACUUUAACACCCAUAUUACAGUCAGUAUACUCAGGUUUUCUUGCUCCGGCGGUCGACACCACUGUCUCUACCUCGGUCAGGCACUGGAAACCCGCAGCCUCUACCCUUUGGGUGUGCAAAGGGUAAUACCCCCGCUCCUAUGCAAUAGCUCGCAAACCACAUACGAGAGGUAACCUGCACUAGGCAAGCCCGGUGAGCUCGACCCAGAAAGCAAGCCCGGUGCGACGAGUCGAUUCAGAAGGCAAACCCCUUGCUUUCGCUGGCGGGGUUUCGAACUUGAGACCUCCAACAUGGAAGUCCCAAGCUCGAACCACCGGGCCACUUGAAGGGUAUAUGUGAAAUGAGACUUAAGAGUUGCAGGGAACAGAAAAUUGGUCUUCAGACACUCAUUCAGAGACUUUUGCCAGUGCAAGUGAGCAAGUGUCUAACAUUGUGAUAAAUCACUGAGAUGGUCAGUAUUUCCAGCUGGCGUUCGGAUCUAGUUACAGGUGUACUCUGCCCCAAAAUUCAUGGAGUCUAUCCAAGAUUACCAUCCUAUAUUCUGAGUUACAAGAGGAGCACACUCAAAAGUCAUGGUUCUGUUCAGCCUGUGUCUGGAAAGGUUCCUUGUAGAAGCAUUACACAUUUGUCUCUUGCUGGUCGUGCUAUCAAAUGUGCUUCAUUUGUAGAAAGAAACUAUCAAUCUAGUGUCAAUGAUGAUGAGGAUCCAUUUUGGAUAAAUGCUACCAAGCAAUCUGUCCGGGCUGCAAAAUCUAUAAUGGAAUUCUUGGUUGAGCAGCCAAGUCAGCUGAAGUACAUAGAAUGGCCUGGAUUUCAAAGCACGCUGAAGACUGCAAUACUGGCACUUGUUCUAGUUGGGCUGUUUAUCAUUGCUUUAUUCUCAGUUGAUUCUGCAUUGUCUUACAUGUUGGCUCUGUUUUUGCGGAGAGCAGCAUGAUUCAAGAAAUAAGAUUUGAUUUUCUGGCAUCAGGCGAAGUCAACUCAUGCUAAUGGUGCUCGACGUAACUUUUGCUUCUGGCAUAAGGCUAUGCCCGAAAAUACAAGAUUGGCCUAACUUGAGCAGCAUGAGACUUUCAGCUUUUUGAGCAUCUGCUGAAUAUAUCACCACAGAGAGGACCAUUAUGAGAGUAUAGGGUUAUAUUACCUCUAGAAGACUAGAACUACUGUUAUAUAUGCUGGAAUGACAAGUGUACAUCUAUGUCUAUUUGCAUUGAUACAGAGGAUGUUGAUUACUCAUUUGUGCACUUCCUUAAACUGAUGAUAGACGUGUUAAACAUGUUAAUGUUUCUCUUGACUAGUUCUUUGCAUCAUGU